AUGCGUGGAAACAUAACUCAAAUCACUUCCUUAGAUCUCUCUUCUAACAGCUUUGGUGGUCAAAUCCCAUGGGAUUCUCUCAAUCCGGAGAAGCAGACUUUUUUAGAUCUUUCAUACAAUAAUUUUGAAGGCCAGCUCCCUCAAAUUUGUAGUAAUUCUACAAGGAAAACAUUUCUUUGUGACUCUUCAGAAAGUGAUAAGUUAGUGGGCCCUCUUCCUUUGAAUUUGAAAUCCUUGUCCUUAUAUGGGAACUUACUUAAUGGCACACUACCCGCUUGGCUAUAUUCUCUUCCGUCUUUACAAGAUUUAUAUCUAAGUCACAACCAAUUCACUGGUCAUAUUUGUGAAUUCCAGUACAAUGCUUUAGAAACUCUUGGUUUAAGUUCAAACAAACUAGAGGGCCAUAUUCCAAGAUCAAUUUUUCAGCAAGUGAACCUUCGUUGGAUAGAUCUUUCAUCAAAUAAUUUGAGUGGUGUCAUUCACUUAGAACAGUUCUCAAGACUAAAGAAACUAAAAAGCCUUUCACUUUCUUUUAAUAGCCUGUCAGUGGAUUCUGUCAACUCCAUCACGUACGUUUUGCCCAAUACCCUUCGGUAUUUGCAAUUGUCUUCAUGCAAUAUCACUGGGUUCCCAUACUCUUUAAGAAGCUUGAAAAAUUUAAGAUACUUGGACCUUUCCAACAAUAGAAUUGACGGGAGUGUUCCCCAAUGGUUGUGGAACGUUGGGAAGGAUUCAUUGUGGAAUCUGAAUAUUUCUCACAACCUCUUAACUCAUAUUGGGAAAAUUCCAUCGAAAAGUCUAGAGUAUAUUUCCCUUUGCUCCAACAAGCUUCAAGGUCAUCUUCCAAUUCCACCACCUUCAACUUCUCUAUUUUCAAUCUCAAACAAUCAAUUGGUUGGAGUGAUAUCUUCUUUCUUUUGCAACCUUACUUGGAUUGAAGUCCUUGAUUUGUCAAACAACAGCUUGAGUGGGAACAUCCCACCAUGCUUCGGAAAAGGAAGCUAUUGGUUGAGGAAUCUUAAACUCAAUGGAAAUCAAUUGGAAGGGCCGUUGCCUCAAUCUUUAGUCAAUUGUGAAUUGCUGGAAAUUUUGGAUGUUGGGAACAACAAGCUGAACGGGUCCUUUCCCCAUUGGUUGGAAUCUCUUCCAGAGCUCCAAGUUCUUAUAUUGAGAUCUAACAGACUUUUUGGUCCUCUAAGUAAUCCCAAGGUCAGAUUUCCCUUUCAAAAGUUGAGAAUCAUGGACAUCUCUAACAAUAAUUUCACAGGUACUUUGCCAACAAAAUAUUUUGAGAACUUCGUUGCCAUGAUUGAUGCUCAUUCAGAACGCUUAGAAUACAUGGGAGAACGAGAUGUUGGUGAGUCCUAUUAUUCUGUGACAGUGGUUAUUAAAGGAUUCGACCGUGAGCUCGUGAAAAUACAAAAACUGUUCAUAACCAUUGAUUUCUCAAGUAAUAGCUUCACAGGAGAGAUUCCAAUAGUGAUCGGGAAGCUUAAUUCACUCAAAGACCUUCAUUUUUCUCACAACAAGCUAUCCGGUCUUAUUCCACCAUCCUUGGGAAACUUGAGCAACCUUGAAUGGUUAGACCUCUCAUCAAACGAGCUUUUUGGAAACAUCCCAUUGCAACUAGCUGCGGAGUUGUAUCAACUUCAAAUAUUAAAUCUUUCCGACAACAAAUUAGAGGGACCAAUACCUCGUGGAAGGCAAUUCGAAACGUUCAACAAUGAUUCAUACAGCGAAAACGUGGGAUUAUGUGGAUUUCCUCUGUCUAAAUCAUGCAGCAAUGAUGGUGCACAACACGAUCAAGGUGGUGAUGAUGACGGAGAUCACAACAAUGGAAUGAUUGAUUGGAAGGUGGUGAUGAUGGGAUAUGGAAGCGGAAUGGUAAUCGGAAUAUCUAUCGGAUUAUUGGUUCUUUUCAGCAGAAGCUUCAAUUAUUGGUUUCACAAAAGAUUUGGAGGGGGACGAUGUCGCAAAACCAGUGCUCGCUUAAGACGGAGGAGAAGAUCAAACUAG